AUGAUACAUAUGAAAAAAAUAUAUGUUCAAAUAUUAUCUCUUCUCGUAUGGAUGAUUCUUGUAACACCAAAUUCGGUAGAAAGUUUUUAUCUCAAUAAAACAAUAAGUAUUCUACAAAAUCGUAUGCCCAAUAUUACUUGUUGGACGGAUAUGAGUAUGGUUACAGUCAAUACUAUAAGUUUCUCAUUUUUCGGCAUUCCUUUUAUGUACCCGAAUAUGGCAUAUGGAGAUGCUUGUAUAUUCAUUCAACAAAAUGGUGAUUUAUUGAAUGGUAGUCGGUUUUAUACAUUUCUGGCAGCUUCUCUUGUUGAGACCAAUCUCUAUCGACAAAUAAGUCGUCGAUGUGGAUCGAAUUUUUCACCAGAAAAUACAUUCAUUGGUUAUGGACGAUGUAAUCCUUUUCCUUACGAAACAUGGACAACAGAUUUAUGUAUUUGUUCAACAAAUUAUUGUAAUUUAAAUUAUUCAACCUGUGUUGCUAAUGUACAAGCAACAUCUUCUCGACCAGCAAAUUUACCAAUUUUUGUUCCAGAAUUAAACAACAUUAUUUCAUGUUAUACAGGAUCUCAUGGUUCAACCUAUGUAAAUGUAUUCAAUGAUUCACUGAUGAUUGAGUCAAUUGAAGCGCCCAUUGAUAUAAAUGCGUUUAGAACAUAUUAUACAACACAUUCUGUUACUUGUAUAUUCCCUCGACUGAAGGGAGGGUCAUACGAAAAAAACUAA